UUCCUUUCAACUGAAACCAAGGGCAUGGUGGGAAAAAUCUACAAUUACCGUUUUCUCUUGAUACAAACAGAAUCAAAACACAAAUCCUUGUACUGGAGAGAAGAAACUCUGAUUCUGGAGUUAAGGAAAUAUGCUUUAAAAAAAAAUUCGGAAAUUGUCUAUUUGAUUCAACCCCGACCCAGUUUUCUCGAAUUUCGAAUCCAAUGGCAUCCCGUAGACGCAUGCUGUUAAAGGUCAUAAUUCUCGGUGACAGCGGGGUUGGGAAGACCUCGUUGAUGAAUCAGUAUGUGAAUCGGAAGUUUAGCAAUCAAUACAAAGCAACAAUAGGAGCUGAUUUUUUGACGAAAGAAGUUCAGUUUGAGGAUAGGUUGUUCACAUUGCAGAUAUGGGAUACUGCUGGGCAAGAAAGGUUUCAAAGUCUUGGAGUGGCUUUCUAUCGUGGUGCAGACUGCUGUGUUCUUGUGUAUGAUGUGAAUGUCAUGAAGUCAUUCGAUAAUCUUAAUAAUUGGAGAGAAGAGUUUCUGAUUCAGGCUAGUCCAGCUGAUCCUGAAAAUUUCCCAUUUGUUGUGUUGGGGAACAAGAUAGAUGUUGAUGGUGGCAAUAGUCGGGUGGUUUCAGAAAAGAAAGCAAAGGCAUGGUGUGCUUCUAAGGGAAACAUACCUUACUUCGAGACUUCUGCUAAAGAGGGAUUCAAUGUGGAUGCUGCUUUCCAAUGCAUAGCCAAAAAUGCACUCAAGAAUGAACCUGAAGAAGAAAUAUAUCUUCCAGACACAAUUGAUGUUGGUGGUGAAGGGCGACAGCAACGAUCUACAGGGUGUGAAUGUUAGAAGGAAUUUCCCUACCUGGGUCCAUUCUUUCAAUUGAAAAUGCUACGUUCCUUCCUAUGUUCCCAUUCAAUAUGCAUGAAGUGAUUAUAAGAGGGAGUAAUAAUUAGGCAAGGGCUUCCAAAAUUUCAUCAUGUAUCAUAUUUUAACUUUGGAAACAAUGUUCCAUUUUCCUAUUGUUUCCUUUCAAAAAUUUGAUAUUUGUAUUCAAUCUAGUACUUGCGACUCAUCUGGGUAAAUGGCAACAUAGACUACGAUUGUGCUGGUUUAUGAUAAGUUGUCAUAAAUCUGUGUGAUUUGAAACACUAACAUGCGUUUCGUUAGUGGGGUGGCUGUGAAAUGUUAUAUAUUAGUUUUCUCCC